GAUCGAAGCUGCUCAGGGCAGGCUCAGGGCUUUGUUGCAGGCGCUUUGGGGCGCCUUCAAAAAGAAUUUGCACACCUCACAGGCACCACGCGGUGGCAGCAGGCUUGUGAGAUCUCGAAUGUAGCAAGGAAAAUGUGAACUUGCUGGGUGCCUGCCAACGUUUUGGUCGAUACUUGAUCGGCGACCUCCGAGAAACCACCAAGCUCGAUGGCAGGUGGAAUGUGCGCGUCACAGACAACCAUGGGCCAUAAGGCCAUUCAAAGUUCUUCUGGCCAACACAACAUGGGUAUGGCUAAAGUAGUGGGUGCUUCGCCUGGCGAGAUUGCGAUGAUCAAAAGUGCUCACCAAUUGCGGCUCAAUGUCAUUACUAAGCCCACUGCCAUCAGCAGCUUGAUUGGGAGGAGUAAUGUCACUGACAGACCAGGCUUGAGCAAUCUUGGGGCGAAGAGGCACAGGCUUGGAAGGAUCCAAGUGUCUUCCCAAAACGGAGAUACACCAUUGGCCAAGCAAACUCUUGAAACGACAAGCAAUCCGUCGGACUCUGAGGGCAUACAGGUUCCCGGUUGGAAUCAGAAGGCGCCUGCAAACACAAUGGACAUGAUGAAACUCUUCAACGACGCUCAACAGAACAUGCUGUACUUGAACAAGCAGCGCCUGAUUGCAAUAGAGGAGCUGCAAAAGGCAGAGAGAGACAAGGAGCUGCUCCUGGCCAAAGUAUCGCAACUAGAGGCGGAAGUCCAGGCUGCCACCGGCGACAAGGACGUAUUGGGGCAGAGGCUGAAGACUGCAGAAGGGAGCAUUGCCUUGGCAGAGAGCAGAGCAGGUGGCGGCAUCUUCCGUGUGGGGGACAAGCGCGACCCAAAGGCCGACCCCCCAGCCCUAUGGAGCUCCCUUAUCCUAGCCAUCGACAACCUCCUGCUUGGCGAGAUAAUCACCCGCACACAGGCCGCCGGCCUCCGCGAACUUGUGCAAAAACGGGACAUGCGCAUCGCCGAAGCGUUUGUGGAUCUGAGAGGCCAGUCUGCAGAAGCGGUGGCUCAAGGGCUGUUGCCCCUGCUAGACCAGAAGGCUCAGGCGGGGAUCCAUGUGAUCCACGUGUGCACGGAGCUGGCACCCGUGGCGGAGACGGGAACGCUGGCAGCGAAGGUGAUGGGGCUGUGCAGAGCGCUACGGCGGAAAGGCAACUUGGUGGAGGUGAUUCUGCCGAAGUACGCGUCGCUGGACAUGAGCGUGCUGGAUGACCUGCAAGAGGCGUCCCGGGAGCUCCACUCCUACUUCGACGGCGAGUGGCACCGCAACAAAAUCUGGACCGGGGUUGUGUUUGGAAUCCCAGUCACGCUGAUCGACCCCCAGCAUCCGCAGCAGUUCUUUGCUCGAGAGACAUUUUACGACUACGAAGACGAUUUCGAGAGGUUCACCUACUUCAGUCGCGCGGCGUUGGAGUACGUGCAGAAGGUGGGCAAGCAGCCGGACGUGCUGCAUUUGCACAACUGGCAGACGGCUGCCAUCGCGCCGCUCUUUUGGGACAUCUUCUACAACGCGGGCUUGCAAGACACGCGCAUCAUGUUCACCUGCCACGACUUCAAGUACCAGUGCACGGCACCCCCAGAAAAGUUGGCCCUCUGCGGGCUGGAUCACUCCCAGCUCAACCGGCCAGAUCGGUUGCAAGACAACCUCGACCCGAGCAUGAUAAAUCUGCUGAAGGGUGGCAUCGUGUACUCGAACAAGGUCACAACCGCUUCACAAACGUAUGCUAGCGACGUCAAGACCAACCUGGGCUACGGGAUGGAGCCGACCUUGCAACAACACGAGGCCAAAAUAGUGGGCAUCCUCAGCGGGCUGAACGACAUGGUGUGGAACCCGGAACGGGAUCCUGCGCUCUCGACGUCGUACUCCGCAGAGGACCCGUCCGGAAAGGACGCGAAUCGGACGAGCCUGCGGGAGGAGCUUAACCUUCCUCAAGAAGACGUCCCGCUGGUGGGAUGCAUCGCGCCAGCUGUGAGGGAAAAGGAGCUGGAGCUGAUUCGAGCCGCUCUCAACACAACGUUACAACAAGGGGGCCAAUUCGUUAUCGUGGGGUCCAGCAGGGAACCGCGGGUGCAAGUUCAGCUAGAAGACCUAGCACUCGAGUUUGGGGUUGGGAGCGCACGCGUUGAGAUCAAGUGGGACGACAGUCUGGCGCAUCGGCUCAUUGCGGGUUCGGACAUCCUGGUGUGUCCGGCAGUGUACGAGCCCACCAACCAGCUGCAGAUCGUGGCCCUCCGAUACGGGGCGCUGCCCGUGGCCCGGCAACUGUACGGUCAGAACGACGUGUUGUACGACGUUGACAGCGCUCGACGAGGUCCUGAUGGCCCGCCUGGCUUCCCCUUCGCUUCGGACGAGGCGUCAGAUCUGACCAGCCAGCUGUCGAGGGCGCUUGCGAAGAAGGUUGAGCAUCCCGAUCUGUGGGCUGACUGGGUAAAGGCCGCAAUGCGACAAGACUUCACCUGGGACGGAAAGAGCUCGGAUGAUUACUUAGCAGCCUACUAUGAAAUAAGGCGUUGUGCUUAGCAUCUCGCUGAUAAUAAACAUGCGCCCCCGCUUGAAGCAAAGACAGCUUAUUGAUUGAUGUGAAGUGACUAAGAGUACACCUAUGAAGUUGCUCAAUAGAUGCCAGGGCUGCCGUUGGUACACGCUCGUACAGUCAGGGAUGUCUAGGUUGGAGAAAGUUAUACUUGCCAUCUUGGCAAGAAAGAUAUCACGUGCAGGUGGCCUUUCCUGUGUCGCCCAGCCCGAUGUACUGUUCAGAAAGUUCAAACCAGUAAGCCGUGGGCAUUGAUCGAAGUGAAAACAUCUGGGGGCUAUCUCUGUUAUUGGAAGUUUGAAAGACAGUGAAUUAUGUGCCAAGUUGCUCUUUGGUCAACAUCAAGCGCUCUUGGCAAUCGUCUCAGUUGCCCUGGCAAU